AUGGGUAACUUUUCUGUCGACACAGAUUUCUCCUGGGACGGACCUUGCCCACUGCAGAGCACUUACUUUUUCAGCGAAAAUUACGCUCGAAAUUUUCUGUGGACAGACUUUGAUGUGGCUUACAUAUCACUGGUCAUCCCUAUCAUAUCCACCCUCGGAAUCAUCAUGAAUGGCGGCUUUCUCUUUGUGGUAGCAAGAAUCAAGUCCAUGCACACUAUCACAAAUUUCUAUCUUUCCAACAUUGCGAUAUCUGACAUGCUAUUGCUUGUCUCGGUUCUGAUCCAAGACAGCCUGAUUUUUCACCUAUUUUCCUCCGGAGUGGCCUACAACGCCUACCAAGGAGGACGUGCAUACUGCAGCUUCUAUGCCAUCUCAAGAGAGACUUUCUACGUUGUGUCUGUGUCCCUGGUCACUUUGGUGACAGCAGAGAGAUUCCACGCGAUCUGUUACCCUCUCCAGCAUCGCAUGGUGGAGGGCAAGGGACGGGCGGUCAAGCUGACUGUCGCAACCUGGUUGUUUGGCAUUGGAUACGGCACCACCCUGGCCCUGAAUUACCUGCGACUUACAGUCUACUGCGUGGAGUGGCCGCCCACGCCCGAGUUUGUCAACAUGCCGAGAAUCAUAGGUUUCUGCCAGACCGAUAUUGUCCCUGCACAUAUCGCCAUCUUCACGGAGGAGGUUGUUGCCAGUCUGCCCUUCAUCACCUCGCUCUUUCUGACCAGCUUCAUGUAUCUGCAGAUCUACCGCACCCUCUCCCGAAGACCAAAUCAGCAGGCCGGCAUGCAGAAAGACGCCGCAACGGAGCAACAGACUGCCCACGCCGAGAAGACCCGACGCCACGUGGCAAGAAUGCUGCUGACCAACACCACUGUCUUCUUCGUCUGCAACCUGCCGGCCUGGAUCAAAGUGGUCAUGCAAAUGGUGGGCUAUUUCACCGAGUCUCCAUAUCCAAGAGAGGUCAUCGUCCCUCUGUUCCAGGUGGCAAACGUGAUGGCCCUCGUGAAUUCCACGGUCAACCCGAUCAUCUACAACGUGACCAAUCCACGGUAUCGCCAGGCGUUCCGGGAGGCGUUUGGUUUGAAGAUACGACGUCAGCAGCAAGGGACCAGCAACUCCAGAGCAUUUGCUACAGUAUCUACAGUGGCUCAGGGAUCAGUGCCUUCUAGCCACGUACCAGACACUGCUGAAGACACGCACAUCUAA